AUGGCUGUGGACUCAACUCAAUUACCUUGUGCUUUGCACCGGAAAUUCAACUCACACUUCGUGAGACUCGGUCCUAAGGUUGUUUCCGUUUCCGAUCCUGCUCUGAUACCGACAAUCUAUGGCAUCAACACCAAGUUCAGAAAAACCGAAUUCUACUCUAUCAUCGACCUAUGGCAUAACGGCAAGUUCACGCACAGCCUCUUUGAGAGCCGUGAUGAAGACUAUCAUGCGCGUAUCAGAAGGCCCAUUGCCAGUGCUUACAGUAUGAGGACCGUGAUGGAGUUCGAACCAGCAGUAGACUCCACGGUGGAGCUGCUCAUAUCCAAGCUGGAUCAGUUCGCUGCAUCCAAAGUCUCGUUUCCCUUGGAGAAAUGGCUGCAAUACUGCACCUUCGACGUGUUAGGUGAGAUCCUGUUCAGCAGAAAACUAGGCUUUCUCGAGCCCGGGACCGACGUCGAGUCAGUGGUGUCGGGAAUCCGUUUCUUCACGAAGUUCUGGGAAGCGGCCGGCCAAAUUCCAUUCCUAGACCGAUUCCUCUUGCACAACCCUCUGAUGAAGAGAUAUGGACCCGAUGUACCGAUGCUGCGCUUCGCCGCUAACAGACUCAGAGAGAGGGCAUCGUGGAAAGCGAGUGGCCAUGCAACCAAGCGCGACUUCCUGCAGAGAUGUAUCGAAGCUCAAGCAAGAUACCCAGAUGUGGUCAGUGACAGAAUGGUGGUGCUCUACAACUUCAACAACAUUGGCGGAGGCUCGGAUACUACAGCCAUUACAUUUACAUCGCCUAUGUAUCAUCUCUUGAAGAAUCUAACAAGCUUGCAGAAGGUACUGGAAGAAGUGGACCGCGCCGACAAAGAAGGUUGUCUCAGCAAAACUGUUACCUGGCAAGAAGCCGGCAAGCUGCCCUACUUCCAAGCUUGCAUCAAGGAGGCAUUGCGAAUCCAUGCUCCCAUCGGAUUUAUUCUGGAGAGAUACGUGCCCAAGGGCGGCAUCUCCAUGGGGGCCCACUACUUUCCCGAAGGCACAAUCGUGGGGAUCAACCCCUGGCUCACGGCGUCAGUCCAUCUUCCUCAGACAAGCACGACACCACUGACGCACUGCCAUGCCACAUUCGAAACAAAGAAAUCUACGGAUCAGGUCCCGACAGGUUCAGGCCAGAGCGGUGGCUCGACGCUUCGAAAGACCAACUUACCGCGAUGGAGAGGGCGAAAUUUCGGCCACGGUGCUCGCGAAUGUAUCGGCAAGAACAUCGCCAUAUUGGAGAUGACCAAAUUGGUGCCCCAGUUGCUGCGCCAUUAUCAGAUAAGAAUAUAA